AUGCAGUCGAACUUCUCUCGACGAUCGCACCCGAAGACCCGAACUGGUUGUAAAACCUGCAAGUCAAGAAAGAUCAAGUGUGACGAACAGAGGCCAGCAUGCAAGAACUGUAUCAAACAUGGAGUCGCCUGUGGCUUCUUAUCAUCUUCGUCACGAGAUCCCACAUUCUCGUUGGCGGAGCACCCGGGAGGGUUAAACUUUCUCGAUCUUGAGCUUUUGCAUCAUUACUGCAACUUCACGGCAUACACUUUGUCAGAAAACUCCCUGAUGCGCGAGUUUUGGCGUUUAAACGUCGUCAAGCUCGGAAUCGAGUGCGACUAUGUUAUGCGGAGUAUUCUCUCCGUUUCAGCUCUACAUCUCGCGCACCUCUGCCCAGAGAGAAAGGAUCACCUGCUGGAAAAGUCCAUGAUGCAUCACGAGAUGUCAUCUAGAGCAGCAGUUGGACUAAUGCAAGAGGUACAAGAGAGCAACAAGGCGCAGUUAUUCAUCUUCUCUGUGUUGACGAUUUAUAUCGUACUAGCCAACUCGCAAUAUCACAGUGAUGCUCCGCUGGCUGGCACUGAACAGUCACCAGAUUGGAUCGUACUAUUCUGCGGGACCAGGUAUCUAGUUGGAGAGCCAAACGACAACCCACUGAUCUCGCCCAUUAUCACGCGUACUCUAGCGCACUUCCAGACGCGCGAGAGGCCGUAUCAUCACACGCACCUCGGAGAUCUUGAGGCAAACAUCAAUGCUUCGGAGCGAGAUGAUGGAUUACUUGCUAUAUACAAUCAUGCCAUCAACGAGCUUUACAAGUCGUACGGAGCGUUUUACGAUUGCACGGAGCCACAGGACAUCACGGAUGUGUUCGUCUGGAUUGCAAUGGUUGCCGAUGACUUUCUGCCGUUAUUGAGGGAUUCCAGACAAAAGGCGUUGGUGAUCUUCUUGUACUUUUGCAUGCUGCUGAAGCAGCUGCCUAGUCAGUGGUGGCUAGAUGCUUGGUCGAAUAACCUGUACGGAAAGACGUAUGGAUCGUUGGACGACGAGCAUAGGCCGUGGGUUAGGGACCCGACGAUGGAAUUCAGCGACAUCUGUUCGUGA